GACAUUUUAUAGACCGUCACUGUCAAAGUUUGCUUGCCUUCUUCUCUUUCUUUGAGUUUGUAAUCGCAAGCUGGAAGUAUGGCCACCUCAAAGAAGAAGACCAGGAAGCUGAGAGGGCACGUAAGCCACGGCCAUGGACGUAUUGGCAAACACCGCAAGCACCCCGGUGGUCGCGGUAACGCUGGUGGAGAACACCACCACAGAAUCAACAUGGACAAAUACCAUCCAGGAUACUUCGGAAAGCUUGGCAUGAGGAAUUUCCAUUUAAGAAGAAACAAGGAGUUCUGUCCUGUGUUAAAUUUGGACAAACUGUGGACCCUGGUGUCGGAACAGUCAAGGCUAAAGUAUGCCAAUGCUACUGAUGGCAAAGUGCCCGUCAUCAACAUUGUCAAAGCUGGUUACUACAAAUUAUUAGGCAAAGGCAAGCUUCCCAAGCAGCCUGUUAUUGUAAAGGCCAAGUUCUUCUCCAAGACUGCUGAGAAGAAAAUCAAGGAUGUUGGUGGAGUGUGCGUACUAUCUGCGUAAAUUAAGUUACAAAUAAAAGUAAAAAAACUAA